AUACUCCUCCAUAGCCCAUAGCCCAUCCACAAACAAAUAGAGAGAGAAAUAUGUUAGAGAGAGAGAGAGAGAGGAAUUGUUUAUUAAGGGGUUCAUUAGUGGACAUAAUUAGUACCACCUUGUAAGUAGUAAACCAUGUGCCCUACUAUAUAACAAUCCCCUAAGCAGCACUGCUUUUAGUUGUCCCCUCCUCAUUUGCUUCUUCUUCUUCUUCCUCCUCUUUGUUUCACACUUGUGGUUUGUGGUUGCCAACUUUGUGAGCGACCAUGGAGAUGAGGAGGGUGGCGGUGCUGGGGUUGGUGUGGCUGGCGGCGGCGGCGACGGUGGCCAUGGCGGAUCCGCUGCCGUCGUACUACAACGCGAUAUUCAGCUUCGGCGACUCCUUCUCCGACACGGGCAACUUCGUCAUCAUCAACUCCGGCAAGCUCCCCAACAUGCCCAAGUUCCCUCCGCCGUACGCCCGCUGCUCCAACGGCCGCCUCGUCAUCGACUUCCUCGCUGAGGCGUUCGGGCUGCCGCUGCUGCCGCCGUCGGCGAACAAGGGCACCAACUUCAGCCAGGGCGCCAACUUCGCCGUCAUGGGCGCCACCGCCCUCGACCUCAAAUACUUCAAGGACAACAAUGUCUGGAGCAUCCCUCCUUUCAACACCUCCAUGAACGUCCAGCUCCAGUGGUUCGACGAGGUCAAGCAAACCAUCUGCUCCUCCCCUCAAGAGUGCAGGGAGUUCUUCUCCAAGGCGCUGUUCGUGUUCGGCGAGUUCGGAGGCAACGACUACAGCUUCGCGUGGAAGGCGGAGUGGAGCCUGGAGAAGGUGAAGACGAUGGUGCCCAGCGUGGUGGCCUCCAUGGCGGGGGGCAUCGAGCGGCUGCUCGACGAGGGCGCGCGCCACGUCGUCGUGCCGGGGAACCUCCCCGCCGGCUGCAUCCCGAUCACGCUCACCAUGUACGCCACCGAGGACCGCAGCGAGUACGACCCCCGCACCGGCUGCCUCAAGAAGUACAACAGCGUCGCGCUCUACCACAACGCCAUGCUCCGCAUCGCCCUCGACCAGCUCCAGCGCCGCCACCCCGACUCCCGCAUCGUCUAUGCCGACUACUACACCCCCUACAUCCAGUUUGCCCGCACCCCUCACCUCUACGGAUACAAGAGGGGCGCGCUGAGGGCGUGCUGCGGCGGCGGUGGGCCGUACAACUACAACAUGAGCGCGUCGUGCGGGCUCCCCGGCGCGACGACGUGCGAGGAUCCCGACGCUCACGUCAGCUGGGACGGCAUCCACCUCACCGAGGCGCCCUACCGCUUCAUCGCCAACACCUGGAUCAGGGGCCCCUACGCCCACCCUCCCCUCGCCAGCGUUGUCCGCGACGACAUGGUCUAUUAGAUUACAGGUGAUGAUGACCUCCAUGUUUUUUUUUCAAUUUUUGGAUCACCAGAGAUGAAGAAGAAGGAUAUGGCGUAUGGACUUGCCUUGAGUCGAGUUGGGUUGGACUGAGAGAGAGAGAGAGAGAGAGAGAGAGAGAGAGAGAGAGAGAGAGAGAGAGAGAGAGAGAGAGAGAGCUAACGUGCAUUCCAUUUGUUGUUGGUGUAUAUUGGCAUAAGUAAAUCGAUUAGAUUUUUAAAUUUCUUUUUUGUUUUAUUUUGUUUUUUAAAAAAUUGGGCGGUUUUGGUGCCAUGUAAUACUGCCUACUACUUGGUCAUAAAUUAAUGGUGGAUGGAUGAACUGUUUGGUGUAAAGCUUGGCAGAUUGGAGUAGUUUA